AGGAACUUUUUCAAAAUGAAAAGCUACAUGUCUGACCUCUGUUGGAUUCUUGAAGUUGUCUGAGAAGCCCGACCCUCAUCCACGUUGUUUUUGAUAAGACAUUUACAUACUGUAGGAGAGAUUUUCUGCAUAUACUACAAGUCAAACCCGGAACAGCUAAGCAGCGCACCAGAAAUAUGGAGGAAGAAGACCUACGUGAAAGAGGAUUGCCACAAAUUGCUUCAAUCAUGAAUAGAGUUAGAGACUUGAGAAACAAAUACAGAAAUGAAGAUAAUGUGACAGAUGAGCUUAACUGCACCAAAAUCUCAGCUGAUACAACAGACAACUCUGGAACUGUUAAUCAAAUAAUGAUGACAACAAAUAAUCCAGAAGAUUGGCUGUGUUUUUUGCUUAAACUGGAGAAAAAGGGUAUUCCUCAGAUGGAUGGUAGCCUGCUGAAUAGACUCAUUGGGCGUUACAGUCAAGCAGUGACUGCGUUACCUGCAGAGAAGCAUAGUCAGGACGAGAACUAUGCUCGCAUCCUUGUGAGAUUUGCUGAGUUGAAAAUUCUUCAAGAUCCAGAGGAGGCACGGGACCAGUUUCAUCUGGCCAGACUGAACUGCAAGAAAUUCGCUUUUGUGCAUGUGGCUUUUGCACAAUUUGAGCUAUCACAAGGAAAUGUGAAGAAGUGUAAGCACCUCCUUCUGAAAGCUGUGGAGUGCUCUGCUGUUCCACCAGAAAUGCUGGAAACUGCCCUACAAAACUUCCAUUUGAAUAAAAAACAGUUGCUUUCAGAUGAAGAGAAAGAGAACUUAACAGUGCCAAGUACACACGAGACUGGACCUCAGAGCACAGCUGGAAAUUACACAAGCGUUAAAAAGAACGAUUCCAGUGAAAAUUUUUCUAUUGUUACCAGACAUUUGUUUGGCGGGGAGAAGUCACGGGAGCUUGAUGCUCUAGUGAAUAACCACAAUCCACUGAGACCACUAGACAAAAGUAACCAGGUCUGUCCCUUUGGGAGGGUUCCUGUUCAACUAGUAAGUGAUGAUGAUGAGGAGGAUGUGAAAGCGAUGGAUGUCCCAUUUACAGCUAGUGUUAUGAAGAGGCAAAUAUCCAGAUCCAAACGUACAGCCUUGAUUGCACAUUUUCCACCACCAGAACCAAAAUCUUGUGGGGGUGAAUUGUCUGAUCAGGUAUCAGAUGAGAACAGCUCAGAAACUGCUACCAAUUCGACUUUAACUCUCAAAAGCAAAAUGGAUACAAGUCUUGUGAUGAAAAGAGAAGAAAAUAAAGUCCUGCAUCAGGAGCUGAAGGUACCAGAGCCAAGGAGUCUGGAAAAUCAACAGCAACAAUUUCAUUCUGGGGAAAGCUGUAGAAAACAAUUGGAACAGAUGAAACUCAACUGUGUUAGUGCCAGCAAAAAAUGGCCAGUUCAAGAAGUGACACAGAAAGGCUGCUAUCAAGAGAUGAAACAGUCAAGCCUUGAGCAAUCUGGUCAUACUGUUUCAAAGGAAUUAUCACCAUCAGAUGCUGCUUCUAGGACAAGCGGUCCACCACGUGUGUCUGGAACACCAAGCACUAUGUAUAAUGACUACAUGGACUGUUUCAGAACACCGAUUGUACAGAACAAAUUUCUACCAGGUCAAAUUUCUGCUUCCUACAGCCAGCUCCCAUAUUUUCUACCACAUACUCCAAGUGGAUUUCAAAAUCAAACUGGUUUGCAGGUUCCAGCUCCUCUCCCUUCACAUGAAUGUCUUACUAUUAAAGGAAGAAUUUAUACAAUAUUAAAGCAGAUAGGUAGUGGAGGCUCAAGUACGGUGUUUCAGGUCCUGGAUGAAAAGAAGCAGCUGUAUGCUGUCAAAUAUGUGAACCUGGAGGAAGCCGAUAAACAGACUGUUGAGAGCUACAAGAAUGAAAUUGCUCAUUUGAGCAAGCUGCAGCAACACAGCGAUAAGAUCAUCCGCCUUUAUGGCUAUGAAAUUACUGAUCAGCAUAUCUACAUGGUAAUGGAGUGUGGAAAUAUUGAUCUCAAUAGCUGGCUCAAAAAGAAAAAAAGCAUUGAUGCAUUGGAACGAAAGAGCUAUUGGAAAAACAUGCUGGAAGCUGUUCACACAAUCCACGAAUAUGGCAUCAUUCACAGUGACCUGAAACCAGCAAACUUUCUGAUAGUUGAUGGAAUGUUAAAGCUAAUUGACUUUGGCAUUGCAAACCAAAUGCAACCAGAUGUUACAAGCAUCAUUAAAGACUCUCAGGUUGGCACAAUGAAUUAUAUGCCACCAGAAGCAAUAAAAGAUAUGUCUUCCUAUGGAGAAAAUGGGAAACCUCGCUCUAAGAUAAGUCCCAAAAGUGAUGUGUGGUCGUUGGGAUGCAUUUUGUACUGUAUGACAUACAGGAGGACUCCAUUUCAACAUAUAACAAAUCCACUUAAUAAACUGCAUGCUAUUGUUGAUCCUAGCUAUGAAAUAGAGUUUCCAGAUAUUGCUGAGAAAGAUCUUCAAGAUGUGCUAAAGCGCUGUUUAAUAAGGAAUCCUAAACAAAGAAUAUCUGUUUCGGAGUUGCUGGUACAUCCCUAUGUUCAAAUUCAAAGUCAUUGCCAAACAGGUGUUCCAAAUGCAAAAGGAACAACAGAGGAAGUGAAACGUAUCCUUGGCCAACUAGUUGGCUUGAAUUCUCCCAACUCUAUUUCUAGAGCUGCGAGGACUUUAUAUGAACAGUGCAGCAGCGGCAAGCGUCUUGAUGUAUCAGCAUUUGCAAAACAUGGGAGCCAAAAGUCAUGGCCAACAAAAUGAUGUUCAGCUCUUCAGGAUGCAACAGAGAUGACUGAGUGAGAGAUGACUUGUGGCAUGGGAACUGAAACACUAUGUCUGGCUUUCUCUGGAGAGGAAGAAAAGUAUUGGCCUCUUGAGAAAGCUGAAGAAAAUCUUUACUCUGCAGAAAUGCCUUUUCAAGAAGAGCUACCACUGCAGUGUCUCCCAGCUCCUUACCUAUGUUGCAGAUAUUGAAAUAUUUCUAUGUGAUUAAUGUUAUCCUUAACUUUCACUGAUUUGCUUCUCUGGUUAGUGUUGAAUAUGCAAAGAAGCAGUGCUACAUGCCUUAAUUUUAUCUUGUUUUUCCAUUGUAGCGUAUGGUUUAUCAAUCCCUUCUCUUGUGCCAUGGCUGCUAAAAGAACCCACAGGAAACACAGCUGGUGUGAGAGAUUGCUUAUGAAAGAGGACUGGGGCUGAUGAGAGGCAGUGGGUUGUUAUCAGUCAUCUCUUUUAAAUAAAAAUUUUCCAUUGUAAAUGGGAUUUGUACUUCUCUGCCUCAAAGACAAGAUGUCUACCUACCUUGGCAGCUGCCACUUACUGGCCCUCAGACUAGUCCUGGUUUUCCUAUUUACAGACAAUUAUCUCCCUUUUCAGAUUCUGCUCUCUGAAGUACAGAAUAGAUGUGCAGAAGUAGCUUUAAAAGACAGAAGAUGCAUGUCUGACAUGUCAGGUAACAGAGGCUGCUGCCUGAAGCUUUCUCAGGGUCACAAAAUAUCCAUCAUGUUACUGCCACCCUCAAGGCCACAGUUCAAGACCCUGUGUAUGUAUGAAAUGGGGAGAGAAGGUGAUUGACAAAACCAGACUGUGGCUGUUACUGGAUACAUGUAUAGUGUAAUGCUAUGGCAGCUACAACUAUGUGAAGAGUACAAAGGCAAAUGAGAACACUUCAGUGAGGUCCCUCUAAUUCUUAUUUGAAAAAAUGGGUCUGGAAACUUAUAGCCUUUAAUUCUGUGCUUCAAAGAACCUUUAAGACAAAGAGGCUUAACUGCAAAGAGUAGCUUCAUUUUUAUUUAUGGAUGAGUAUAACAUUUGCUCAGUCUGAACAGGUCUAUAUCUGGUUAGAAUUCAAAUUCUAAACUGAGUUUUAAGCUUUGAAAGCUUUGUUCUUUCAGCCUGUCUUGGUGUGCCAACACCUAGAAUUCAGUCUUUGACAAAUGCAAGGAAAGGAGGCUGUUGUCUUGCAUAACCCCUUGCUUUUAGGGCACUUGUGCAAGGAACAAGACAAGUCUUUCCCUGUGGCCCUGGAGGAGUCAGACUACUGCUUCUUGUCUGGCUUUUUUGAUGGCACUCUAAGCUGAUGAAUGUAGGUGGGUGGGAAGGGAAUGGCUAAAUCCCUGACAGUGGAGUGAGUUAAUAAUCUGAAGGAAAGUGGUCAAGCUCUCACUCUAUUUUGGUCUCUCCUACAGGCUUUCUCUUCUUUUAUUAAGCACCCGAGAGUGGUUUCAUGCUAAACAGAUAAACUAAUUCUGGAGAAGACCUGAUAAGUUUCAAAUUUAAACAGCUGAAGUAAGCUUGAGUUCUAGUCUGCCCCUGAGGUCUGGCUUGCUCCUGAACUCCUCAGCAACAACCAGUGGCUAAUCCUUGCAGGUGCCAAUUAUGGCAAGAAGUCUAAACUUCUGCUAAUACGGAAGUAUUCCCUUCCUGCUCAGUGCAUGCAUUGCCUUGCAACUCAGAUCUCUGUGCCCACAAUCAGUAUUUGAGAGAAAACUUGUAAGAUAAAGGCUGUGAAUAAUGGAGCAGGUGCUGUAGUGUGAUCACUUGUAGGAUACAGAGGUGUGCACCUUUAGGGAAAUAGCAGUCUUUGUGCAGCCUGCCCCUACACUUUCAUGGGAGUUGCUGAAAUGAAACCUGAGAUAAAAAUCUGACUCUUCACCUCAAUUCUUCCCAUUGGCAGGUAGAAUAUCCACAGCUAAACAGUGAUGCAAGCUCUAUCAGAUGCAUUGCUAAAAUCCAGGCAGCUCUUGCAAUGGAAGAGAUGACUAAUUCAAUGAGAAAUAGGGAUGCCACUAUUCUGAACCCUUAAUAAACACAAGGAAAAUGUCGAUGAUUAAACAGCAUCAGCCCUUUGGUCUUGACUUAAAGUAUUGUAAAGAUCUCUGUUGUCUCUGUACACACUUAAUGUUGUGGCAAGUGCUAGUAAACUGAAUACCUGCUUGUUA